CGCGGCUGGAGGCUGCGGGUGUUGUGGUAACUCUCGCGGGAAGAUGCGUCGUUGCCUCAGCAACGGCGUCGCGGCCGCGAAAGAUGGCGGGGCGAAGUAUUAAGAGACGGGGCGUUUCAGGGACUCCGCUUCCGCAACGCGUUCAGCAACCUGCCUCAUCUCAACGGGACCUCCUCGCCAAGGAGGAAGAAUAUAAGCGUUUAAAUGCAGAAUUAGAGGCAAAAACUGCUGAUCUGGUUCGACAAGCUGAAGAAGUAAUAAGAGAUCAGCAAGAAGUACGAUCUAAGUCUGUUUCAACACAAAUUAAAUCAUAUGAAGAGGAAGAUGAUUAUAGUUUAAGACGUCCAUUAUCUUCUGAAGGGACAGUUCAUUUAUGUUCAGAAACUAAGCCAAAGACCAAAAAUGUGGAUCCAGUAAACAAAGUUCAAAACAAAUUACACUCUGCAAGUAAAGGAAGGAAAUCAAAUUCAAGUGUAAAGUUGAAAUACCCUGAUGUACAAACUGCCAAUGAUGUUGCCAUUCCAGAGGAUUUCUCAGACUUUUCUCUUGCAAAAACAAUUUGCAAAAUUGAAGGGCAACUGGAGGAAGAAGGCUUACCUGAUUAUACAGAUGAUGAUAUUUUUUGUGGUGUUAGUGAAGACAUUGGAACGGAAGCACAGAUCAGAUUUCUGAAGGCCAAACUCCGUGUUAUGCAGGAGGAAUUGGAUAAUGUUGUAUGUGAAUGCAAUAAAAAGGAGGAUGAAAUCCAGGAUUUAAAGUCUCAACUGAAAAGUUUUGAAGAAGAUUGUAUGAGACAGCAGCGAACAAUUAAUUUGCAACAGUCUCAAACAGAAAAGUAUAAAACUCUUUUUGAAGAAGCAAACAAAAAAUGUGAUGGAUUACAGCAACAGUUGUCUGCAGUAGAAAGGGAAUUAGAAAAUAAAAGAAGACGGCAAAAACAGGCUGCCACGAGUCAAAAUGCCAUGGAAGUUCGCUUGAAUAGAGCUCUAGAAGAAGCAGAAAAGUACAAACUGGAGUUGAGUAAACUAAGGCAAAAUAAUAAGGAUAUAGCAGAUGAAGAACACAAAAAAAUCGAAGUGUUAAAAUCAGAAAACAGGAAGCUAGAAAGACAAAAAGGAGAAUUAAUGAUAGGGUUCAAGAAACAAUUAAAAUUAAUUGAUGUUUUAAAAAGACAGAAGGUUGAAGAUCCAAUUUAAACCAUGAAGAUGAGGGCUAUACCCUACAGAAGCCAUGACGAAAAGCUGGAAGGAGCCUGGGUUCCUAGCCUCAACUUCUAGACUUUCAUGUGAGGGAACAGUAAACUAUCUACUAAGCCACUGUUAAUUUGAGACUUGUAGCCAAGCAUUAUCCUAACUGAUCUAUUCCUUAUAAUAGGGAGGGGCAAGAAAGUUCUAUAAUGUUGUAAGGAAAACUCACUCACUACAUUUUUGUCCAAAACUCACUCACUACAUUUUUGUCCAGUGAUGUAUAUGGUCUCUAAUUUGGGUGUAAUAUAGGAUUUGCCUUCUUAUGCUAUGGUAGACCACAUUAACUGUUUAUCCUAAAAAACAUUUUUAUAGUAAAUUGGGGUAAAUAUUUUAGAAAGGUAUGAAACCAAUUUGUCCAUGAGGACAAAUUCUGAAUA